AUGUAUCAACCACCACCACCUCCUCCAAAUAAUAACAAAAAUAACAAUGUACCUGUUUAUCAAACAUAUUAUCCACAACAUUCACCAUGGUCCAGACUUGUUAUACGAUCAGAACAAAAUGGUCAAAUGGAAGGUUAUAGGCCACCAAGAGAAGACAUUAAUUCACCUGAUUUAUACAUACCAGCAAUGGCAUUUGUAACUUAUGUAUUAUUAACUGGAAUUGUUGCUGGAACUGAAGACAAAUUUCAUCCUGAAGUUUUAGGAAUAAAUGCCACAACUGGAUUACUCUUGGUGAUAUUGGAAUUACUAUUUAUUAAAAUUGGUUGUUAUUUAUUGAAUAUUACUUCUGAAACACAAUUUUUAGAUUUUCUUUCAUAUUCUGGUUAUAAAUUUAUUGGUGUAAUUAUUACACUUGUGGUUUCUUUGAUUGCACCAUUUUGGUUUGUUAUAGGAACUUUCUUUUAUACAGCUUUUGCAAAUGGAUUCUUUCUGAAUGUUAAAAAAGAAGAAAAAUCAAAAACCAUAUCCUCAAGUCCAUCAGAAAUGUCAGGAACAGAAACGGAGUUGUCCGUUGGUGGUUUCGAUUAUCGUUUAUGA